ACAGUCCUGCACGCUGUCCUAGUUUCACAACCAGGAAGUUAAAUACACGACUGGCAGCGGUGUGAAUGGGCUGUUGGAUUUGCGGGUUGUGACAGACCUACGUUUUCAAAUCGUGAUUUAACGUUAUUAGCGAUGUCUCCUGAUGAGCUCGUGUACUUGGGAAUUCUUGCUGCAUCCAUCCCUGUUGGGUUCCUCUUCCGUUACCUCAGUCCUCCUGUGAAGCAGGGGGCUGCUCUUCUUGUGGGCCUCUCUAUCGCCAUCGCUACUUGUCACAUCCACACCCUCCACUCGCUUGUGACCGUGAUUGGAAUAUGGAUUAUUAUAAAGAGCAGCUGGCGGCAUGCCCCAGCAUUGAGUCUCACCUGGACCUUCCUCUACCUCCUCUUCUUCCGUCUUGCCACGUGGUUCGGUCUGCCACAACCGACACCUUUCGCCAACGCCAUCCAGCUGCUUCUCACUCUCAAGAUGGUGAGUCUAGCUAACGAGGUGUACACCUUCCACACCGAGAAGAAGAGUGAAGUGAGCACUUUUGCCAAGUCCCCCGUCAUCGGUGGUCUGUCCGAGGAGCCGUCGCUCUACGAUAUUCUGUCCUACAGCUACUGCUACGCCGGGAUAAUGACCGGUCCGUUCUUUCGCUUCCAAACGUACGCCGACUGGCUGAGGCAGCCGAGCCCGCAGGCUCUGCCCGGCUGGGUGCCGUGCCUGCAGCACUUGAAGCUGGUUCCCGUGUACGCCGCUUUGUUCCUGGGGGUCGACUCUGUCUUCCCUCUGGCCUACGUUCGCACAGAGGAGUUUCUGGACCGGAACGUUUUCUUCAGGCUCUUCUACAUGGUAGCGGUGUUCUUCGUGUUCAGGAUGCGUUUCUACGCAGCGUGGUGUGGAGCCGAGGCUGGUUGUAUCAGCGCAGGUCUUGGCUGCUAUCCUGAAAAGGCGCUGUCCAAACCUGGAGGAGGACCCUCCGUCAACUACAGUCCCGAUCCAUCAAAUGAAGAGAAAUACGACUUCAAAACCAUCCAGAACAUUGACUGCUACAACACAGACUUCUGUGUGAAGGUCCGCCAUGGCAUGCGCUACUGGAACAUGACAGUGCAGUGGUGGCUGCAUCACUACAUCUACCCCAAUGCCCCCUUCAAAUCCUACGCUCUCAGGGCCGGCUGGACCAUGUUCAUCAGCGCCUACUGGCACGGACUGCAUGUCGGCUACUACCUCUCCUUCCUCACCAUCCCCCUGUGCAUCGCUGCCGAGUCGGCCAUGGAGGCCUCUGUCCGCGCUAAGCUGGGUCCUUCUGGUCAGAACAUCUUCGACUGGGUCCACUGGUUCCUGAAGAUGAGGGCCUACGACUACAUGUGCAUGGGCUUCGUGCUGCUGAAAGCCUCGGACACCAUCAACUACUGGACCUCCAUCUACUUUAUCAUGCACAUCAUCGCCGUUUGCUGCAUCAUAGUUGGCAAGGUUCUGGGGGGGAAGCGGGAAGGAAGCAGAGGGGAGAGGGGUCAGAAAAAAGAUGUGGAGAAGAUAGAAAACUUGAAACCGGGGGAGAAAACAGACUGAAAGAAGAAACAGGAGAGAACUGGGUGGGAACUUUUUUUGCGGGGGGUUUUGGGGCCAUGAGGAGGAAUUACUUUGAGACUACAAUUUAUAAACAUAAAGUGCACCAACUCUUAUCUUUCUAGAAACAAACACCCUGCAGGUCCAAUAAGAUUCAUUGUGGGAAAAUGUGAGAAAAGUUGGAAAAAUCUGGUAAUUGAACUUAAAAGUACUGUGAAUACUGGGGGAGGAAUGUUUGAGCUCAAGGAAUGUUACUUUUAUAGUGUGAGCUGCAACUGGGGAGUAGUUAAUAGUUUAAGAGCAUCUGCCUGUACAGUAUGAGGUUCCUCAUCAGAACUCGGAUGUCAUUUUUAUCUGUUUUUGAAUUUCUUUAAUUUUAUGUUACAAAAUAUUUCUGCUGCCAUUUGGAGUCUUAAAUCAGAGAAUUGACUAUUGACACCAGUAAACAGUCUUUACUGUUUUUACAAUUUUGUUUUUUUUUAAUGGUUAAGUUCAAUCCAAUAACUAGAGUACACGGUCCAGAGUACAUUUGUCUUUUUUGUCUAAUUGCGUUAGGACGUCUUUUAGAUUUGGUUUCCAGCAUUAUAAUGUUCCUCAAAUAAUUUUGCUUUUGUUUUUAUCAAAAAUGUCUCCGUUGUUCUACUUGUAACUGAGUGCAUAUCGGGAACAUCUGCACUGACCGCUGUACAUAUAAGAGAGCAACACUCCCUUCACUGCCAAAAUGUCUGUACUGCCCUCACGUACCGUUCACGGUUGGGACCAAACAUUUGAUAAUCUGCUAAUAUAAUUCAUGAGAAACGGCACAGCUCGGGCCGGGCAAUAUCGUUGAGGUCACAACGUGGAUCAAGCUAUUUCCUGAAAUUGAUAUAUGCCGCGAUGUAAAAAAAAAACAUUGAUAAUUUAAUAAAACUGAUGUUCAAUAAACUGUUGCUACGUUAUGCAUUGCAUGUGACUAAACUAGACAAAAACAAGACAAAUGUUUUUAAUUAGAGGCUUGCUCUGAAACGUUAUAUGUACUCAUCGCCCGGCCCUCGACCGUGAUUAACACUUUUUUUUUUCUUUCACUCACUCUCUGACAUCCUGUGAUAACAGCUGCGUCUGUGUUGUAAAGGUCUUUUCUAGCGUUGGAAACCCGAGAUCAUUUGAAUCAAAAACACAUUCUGUGUCAUGCUUUGAACCGUAGAAAUGAUUCCCUUUGUGUUCCUUAUUGCGCAGUGAUGAUUGUGACUCCGCACUAUUUAUUGUUCAGCCUUUCGUAGCUUUGCACGCUGCACCGGCUGACGCUCCGUGUCAGUGUUACUUGUGGAAUACAUAUCAGGAUUUCCUCCUCAAUGUUA